UCUUACACCAAUUCAUCGUGAUUUUUUCAAAAUCUCGCAAAAUCAAACGCGAUGCGUUUUUCGUCGGCACGAUUGCGAUGAUUUGAAUUUUUCAGAAAGUACAACGAAACAUUUAUCCACCGUUUGAAAAUUUCAAUCGAUGAUGGAAAGAGGUGCGUUGCUACCGAUCACCGACAGUUGCAAGCAAAAUAUUCAAAUACACAGAAGAGAAAAUUCUAUGGCGAAUGGUGGACAUGGUGUCGUUGUCAAUGGUGUGGGCGGUGGUGCUCCAGGUUCGGGAACCCUUUCACGGGAAGAAAGGCGCCGGCGUCGAAGAGCCACGCAGAAAUAUCGAACGGCACACGCGACGAGAGAAAGGGUCAGAGUUGAAGCUUUCAAUUUGGCCUUCGCCGAGCUAAGGAAGUUACUACCGACUUUGCCACCGGACAAGAAACUCUCCAAGAUAGAAAUUCUGCGGCUUGCCAUCUGUUACAUCGCUUAUCUCAAUCAUGUUCUCGAAGCAUAGGGACGAUAUAAUAUCAAAAACGUCUCAAAUUAAAUUCAUUUUUCGAUUCAAUUAAAAAAACUCGUUUUCGAUGUUUUCACAAAGUUCGUGCAUUGAAAGAAUGUCAAAAAAGAAAGAAAGAAAGAAAAAAAAAUGGCUUAGGUUAAGGGUCAAGAGAAUCAGGUCCCUAAUAAAAUUCGAUUAUUAUAUAUAUAAAUGAUGGCGCUAUGUGAUAGUAUUUCAUCGAAUUAUCACAUUCAAUUGCUCAAAGCUAUUCAGUAACGAGGAUUAGCGUUCGACCAGAAUCGGAAACUAUUUCGGCUUUCCUAAUCCCACGGGAUCAUGCUCUCUUCUCCCUUUUUAGCCACUCUCUCGUUGAGUAACGCUGUCCCUUUUACGCAGUGCGAACCUUUUCCUACAUCUGUUCUCUAACGUAAGUGAAAAGAAAUAGGAUUAUCGUGGAAGGCAACUUCACGCAUCGUCGGACGUCCAUUUCGUUUUCGAUUUCCGAAUACCAUCUCUCGUUCGUCGUUUUUUUUUUUUUUUCUCGAAUUCGUCCAGAUCCUGACGUAAUCUAUCGAUCAUUAAUCAAUUCUAAUUAAUUUCAAUUCAAUUCAAUUCGAUUAUAAUAAAAUAAAUAGAAUUGAACAUAAAUAUAUUCGCAAAUGUAUCUGACUCGAUCAUAAUAAAUUGUUUAAAAACGAUUUGAAAAAGUUAAAAAUUUCAUAGGGUUUAUUAAUUCAUUUAUCUUUUUGUUAUUUAAUUUGUAACAUUCGUGCGUUAGAGAUUAGAUGAUAUAUACAUAUAUAUUUAUAUAAGUCUUGCGAAAGUGGGUAAUUUGUACAAAUAAAUUUAGGCUUAUUCGAUAGCAUGUAUAAAACGGUGCAAUGGUAGAAAUAUAUAUAUGUAUAUAUAUAUAUAUAUAUAUAUAUAUAUAC